GUAGAGAGCUGGGGCCGGGCCCCUGCCUCAGGUGGGGGUGAAGGGCCCUCACAGCCCUGCCAGGGUCUGGACCAUGGGGGAUGGAGGUGCCAGUGCAGUUAGAGGAGAUGGGGUGAACCGCUCCCAUGUCCUGUUCGACAGCUUUGUCCAGGCGACUACGUGUAAAGGCAUCCUGAAGGCCUUCCAGGAGCUGUGCGAGCACCUGGAGGUGAAGCCCGGCGAGCACAGGAUCUUCUACCACAAGCUCAAGUCCAAACUGAACUACUGGAAGGCGAAGGCGCUCUGGGCGAAGUUAGACAAGCGGGCCUGUCAGAAGGAGUACAAGAAGGGACGUGCCUGUGCCAACACAAAGUGUCUGAUCAUCGGAGCGGGGCCAUGCGGCUUACGCACCGCCAUCGAGCUGGCCUUCCUGGGCGCCAGAGUGGUGCUCCUGGAAAAGAGGGACGCCUUCUCCAGAAACAACGUGCUGCACCUUUGGCCCUUCACCAUCCACGACCUCAGGGGCCUCGGCGCCAAGAAGUUCUACGGGAAGUUCUGUGCUGGUGCUAUCGAUCAUAUCAGUAUUCGUCAGCUUCAACUAAUGCUGCUGAAAAUGGCCCUGCUCCUGGGGAUCGAGAUCCACGUCAACGUAGAGUUCAAGGGUCUUAUUGAGCCCCCCGAAGACCAGGAGAGUGAGAGGAUAGGCUGGAGGGCCGAGGUCCACCCCAAGACACACCCUGUCAGCGAGCUGGAGUUUGAUGUCAUCAUCGGAGCAGAUGGAAGGAGGAACACGCUGCCAGGGUUCCGGCGGAAGGAGUUCCGGGGGAAGCUCGCCAUCGCCAUCACCGCCAACUUCAUCAACAGGAACACAACAGCCGAGGCGAAGGUCGAGGAGAUCAGCGGCGUGGCCUUCAUCUUCAAUCAGAAGUUCUUUCAGGAUCUCAGGGAGGCAACGGGUAUUGACCUGGAAAAUAUUGUGUACUACAAGGAUGACACGCAUUACUUUGUGAUGACUGCCAAAAAGCAGAGCCUGCUGGAGAAAGGAGUCAUUCUGCAUGACUACGCAGACACCGAGCUCCUCCUGUCCAGGGCCAACGUAGACCAGGAUGCCUUGCUGUCGUACGCACGCGAGGCGGCGGACUUCUCCACCAACCACCAGCUGCCCACCCUGGACUUCGCCAUCAACCAUUACGGCCAGCCCGACGUCGCCAUGUUCGACUUCACCUGCAUGUACGCCUCGGAGAACGCCGCCCUGGUGCGCCAGCGCCACGGCCACAACCUGCUGGUGGCGCUGGUGGGCGACAGCCUUCUGGAGCCGUUCUGGCCCAUGGGCACCGGCAUCGCGCGAGGCUUUCUGGCAGCCAUGGACUCGGGCUGGAUGGUGAAGAGCUGGGCGCAGGGAAAAACUCCUCUGGAGGUCCUGGCCGAGAGGGAGAGCAUUUACCGACUUCUGCCUCAGACGACUCCAGAAAACGUCAGCAAGAACUUCAGUCAGUACAGCGUGGACCCGACGACGCGCUACCCCAACAUCAGCCUGAACUUCCUCAGGCCCAGUCAGGUGCGACACCUCUUCGACACAGGAGAGGGCCGGGAGAUACGCAUUGAAAUCGAGAACGUGAUCAACUCUUCCACACCGAAGUUAGCCAGGAAUGACAAUUACCUGCUUGACAAGCAGUUUCAAGAGUCCAUAGCUCGGUCCAGUAAGCUGCUCAACUGGUGCCAGAGACAGACGGAGGGGUACAGGAACGUCAGCGUAACGGACCUCACCAUGUCCUGGAAGAGCGGCUUGGCGCUGUGUGCCCUCAUCCACAGAUACAGGCCGGAUCUCAUCGACUUUGACUGUCUGGACGAGGAGAACCACGAGAGGAACAACCAGCUGGCUUUCGACGUGGCAGAGAAGGAAUUUGGCAUUUCGCCCUGCAUGACCGGCAAGGAGAUGUCUUCUGUGGUGGAGCCAGACAAGCUCUCCAUGGUCAUGUACCUCAGUCAGUUUUACGAGAUGUUUAGGGACACAGUGCCACCUGGAGAUAAUCACAGCUUGAGUCCAGAGGAGAAAGCUGCCCUGAUCUCCAGCACAAAGUCUCCCAUCUCCUUCCUUAGCAAGCUGGGUCAGAGCAUAGCUAUUUCCAGGAAAAGAAAUCCCAAGGACAAAAAAGAGAAGGAUGUGGACGGCGUGGGCAAAAGAAGGAAAACCAGUCAGUCUGAAGACGAGGAGGUGUCCAGGUCUUAUCGCGAAGAACGGCCGCCUGUCUCUGCCGCGCCGUCGGAAAGAAAAGCGGACUGUGGCGCUGCAGGAAACCACAAUAAAGUGAAGGUCAUGGCCACCCAGCUGCUCGCCAAGUUUGAGGAGAACGCCCCCGCUCAGCCCACAGGCCUCAAGAGACAGGGGGACUCUCUGCCCAAUCUGGACCGCCUCUUGUCCCCUGUCCCACCACCAAACCCUGUCACUGAGCCAGUGCGCCUGGCUCCUGUCCCAGCAUGGAGAAAGAGGCGCACCCAGCAGCAGGAGAAGCUGAGCAUUCGCUACAAAGAAAUGGUCAAAUGUCAGACACUGCCCAGCAGAGGGGAGCAGGCCAGAAGCGGCGCAGAUCAAACGUCCAGCUCGGGCUGUCGGAGCUGCCCAAAGAAAACCAUUCUGCUCCCUUCCUCCUCCUCCACUUCCUCGCUCUCUCUUCACUCAGAGAACUUGCCUCCUGAGGAAGAGGAGCUUGAGUAUUAUGAAAGGCCUCCGUCACACAGGGAAGGGGCGGCGACACGCGCGGCGGACCCAGCUCCCAUUCACAUCCCCGGUAUACAGGAGAGGGCGGACCGCCUAAUGUCCAGGUUUAAGGGCAGAGCUGAUAAACCGCCAAAGCCGAAGAAAAAGCCGUCCCGUUUCUUUUUAGAGCAGUGGUACUCGUCCCGAAGCGCGAGUCUGGGUCCGGCUUUGCCUCCUUCGUCCCCAGACGCUUCCAGAAAGGAGCCAGUGAGGCCUCUGGACUCUGAGCAGAUGCCCAUUUAUGUGCUCAGCGUUCAGGAAAGAGCCGAACAACUUGAGUUUCAGUUGGACGGCAAGCGGGUCGGGCCUCAGCCGAAGAAAAAGCCGUCUCGUUUCUUUAUGGAGCGAUGGCGCCCGAGCCCCCCCGUCCCCCCGCCUCCCACCGCCGCCUGCUCCAGACAGCACUUUGUGAGGAUGUACACGGGGGGCGUUAGCACCCUGGCUGAGCAGAUAGCCGGCCAGCUUCAGUCUCAGGAAGAGCCCAAACCCGCACACGUACCUGAAAAACGGGAUUCGGGUUCUCUCAGGAAAGAGUUCCCCGUCAACAUCGGAGGCAGCGACGUCUGCUUCUUCUGUCGGAAACGCGUCUACGUCAUGGAGAGGCUGAGCGCAGAGGGGAAGUUCUUCCAUCGCAGCUGCUUCAAGUGCGACUACUGCGGCACGACGCUGCGCCUCUCCUCCUACGCGUUUGAUGUUGAGGACGGAAAGUUUUACUGCAAGCCUCACUACUGUUACCGUCUGUCUGGCUACGCCCAGAGGAAGAGGCCGGCUCCUUCUCCCGCUCCAGUCUCAACUAAGGAAAAGCAGACGCCUAAAAGUGCCACGUCCACCGUGGACGCCCCCUGCAUGCCGACGGCAGCGGCAGCGCCCUCGGCUGAGAUCCAACCCUCAGCGCUGGAAGUCAACGGCCUGCAGGAGCCCAGCUUAGCAAAGCGUCUUCGGGGAACGCCGGAGCGGAUCGAGCUGGAGAACUACCGUCUGUCCCUGCAGCGGGAAGAGGAGCUGGAGGAGGUGCCGGAGGAGACCCUGGCGGAGCACAACCUCAGCAGCGUGCUGGACAAAGCCACGGAGGCCGAUCUGGGCUCCAGUAGCUCAGAGUCCGACAUGGAGGAGGAGGACGAGCAGGAGGAGCAGGAGGAGGUGGAGGAGCAGCCUCCCAGCCCUACGGACCUCGGCGGCGUUCCCUGGAAGGAGGCCGUGGAGCUCCACGCCAAACUGCGCGGCGGCGAGGAGGAGGAGGAGGUGGAGGGCGACGCUCUGGCCGAUGCUGUCAGCAGGGAUGGAGAUGUGGAGGAGGAUGAGGAGGAAGACGAGGAUGAAGAGGAAGAAGAUGAGGAUGAAGAAGACGCAGAAGAAUCCAGUGAUGAGGGGGAGUACUGCCCCUGGGACAGAGAGCUGCAGUCAGGUCUGUGGCUGCAGAAGCACCUUACAGACGAAGAGGAUGUUGGUAAAUUCAAAGCCAGGAACAUACAAAUCCAGCAGCUCCUGCAGCCCGUGGAUCCCAGCACCCUGCCCAGAGCGGCGAGCGCGCGGCCGGACUCUGAGGGAGGCGAGGACGGCCCGCUGGCCUCGCUCCCCCAACCCUCCCAGGCCUCCUCUGCAGCCGCUGCCCACACAUCCACCCGACACGAGGCAGUGAGAGUCUGGUUGGAGUCCCUGUCUGGAGAGCCCUGUGAAGAUGAGGAGCUGGAGGCCGAAGCAGACAGUCCAGAUAUGGAGCCCGGCACAGAGCUGGAUCAAGAUGACAUUCCUUCAGAUGCAGAAGCUGAGGCUCGGUUGCACCAAUCGGAGCAAAAUGAAGCUCCGCUGGAGGAAAACAAGGAGAUGGAAACUCUGGGAAGAGACUCAAGUAUUGACCCAUCCAGCGUCAGCCCAGGCCUGAAGGACGCCGUCGUUCUUUCUCCCCUCGAGCCGGACGCCAUGCUGACUCCAGUUAAAUCUCCCAGCGUGCGUUUCUUCCCUGAUCCCUUCUUACCGGAGGAAGAGGAGCCUGAGCAGACGGCCGUGUCCCCGGCUGUCAGGAGCCCACCGAGCCCUUCGCCGUCUCCCAUUUCUGUUCCCGCUCCUAUCCGGUCUCCCUCUGCCGCCAUCGCUGCUAACCCUGCCACAGUCCCCUCCCCCACCGCCUCGCCUCCCGUCGUAAACGCAUCAACCGUCUCCUCUCCGGUGCAGCCAGCCGCCGAGUCGCCCGUCAAGUCGCCGCCUAGCUCGCCGAUCCGCUCGCAGCCCGUCUCACUGCCGGAGACACUGGCGCCCAAAUCUCCGGUCUACCCUCACCCGUCCAUCUGCCCCCUGACAGGAAACCCUCUCUCCCCGAUCUGUGCCCAGCCGUUGCCCUGCCACGAGCCCUCCUCGCCUCUCUCCUCCGACUCCCCCGUCAGGACGCAGCCUGUCCCCGCCGUCAGCUCCACGCCCGUGGCCUCCGAGGAGCCCUGCCCCUCCGCGGACUCCUCCGUGGAGGAGAAUUCGUCUAAAAAGACGGACAUCAUCGAGGAGUUCUGGCUAAAGAGCGCCGAGAUCCGGAAGAGCCUCGGCUUGUCUCCUCUGGACCGCAGCAGUAGGAUCCUGGAGAGGAGCGCCGCUCCGACUCCCAGACCGGACCCCGUCCCCGCGAAGACGCCGCCGGCGGACGUCUCCAGGGAGCAGAAGCCCGCUUUCACGGGCCGCACGGUCAUCCGCAGACUCAACAUCACCCUGGAGGGCCAGGUCAUCACGCCGAUCGCUCCUGCUGCCGCCAAGAGCGACGCCUCUGCGAAGAAGGACGCGAGCAGCAGCUCCGCCUUGAACGGAAGCCGAACGCCGAACAGCGACAGCUUCAACGCGUCUGACUCCGCCAUGCUCACCCCGCCCUCCAGCCCGCCGCCGCCCGUGCCCGCCAACCAGUCUCCGGCCGUGCUCCGGCAGCAGAGACACCAGGCGUCCUGGAGCAACGGGAUGGAGACGCCGCCGCCCAGACGCGCCAAAGACGCUCCGGUUCCCGCGCCCAGAACGCAGCUGAGCCCCGUCUCCUCGGCGCCCAAACCCGCGCCCAGGAAGCCCGGCUCCCCGGAGGCGGCUCCACCCACCGCUCCCGCCGUCGUGAUGCGGGAGAAGAAGAAGCAGCAGCAGCAGCCUCGACCGGCUGACGUGAGGAAAUCCUUCGUGGAGACGGUUGAGGAGAUUCCGUUCGCCGACGACGUGGAGGAGACGUACGACGAGCGCGCGCCGGAAUCGAGCCUGAACAGGCGACACACGCCGCCCAGAGCCAAGCCUCCGCUGCACCUGGCCUUGGCCAUGGAGAACGGAAAGCCCAACAUCCCCGUAGUCCCGGUGUCCAAGGGCCAGAGGGCCACGCGGUUCUCCCCGGAGGCCAAGGAGAUCGCCGAGGAGAGGAUCAGAGCAAGAGAGAAGUCUGUGAAGAGCCAGGCUCUGAAGGAGGCCAUGGACAAGCAGCUGAACAAAAUGAAAGAGUCAGACGGAGACAAGGGGCCCUCUCCGAAAGUCGCCUGGGGCGCGACCCCCGACUCGGCGGGAAGAGCUAAGAAGUCGCCCGGCUCUCCUGGAACGUCGGCCGUGAAGGCCCUGGAGUCGAAGAGGGCCGAGGCCGCGCCCGAGCGCUUCCUCAGCGGCAGCAAGAGCCUGGACGGAUCGGUGGCCUCCUCCGACGGCUCCUCCGCCGGCAAGAGCAAGAAGAGGAGCUCCCUCUUCUCACCACGCAAGAACAAGAAGGAGAAGAAAGCCAAGAACGACAGCAGCCGACACUCCGGCACCGAGGAGACGCCUCCCAAACACAAAUCGCUGUGGAAGGCCGUCUUCUCCGGGUACAAGAAGGACAAGAAGAAGAAGGACAACAAGUCGUGUCCGAGCACGCCGUCGUCCAGCUCCACCACCCAGGACUCCGGGAAGAAGAGGACGUCUCCUCCGGGCAAAUCUUCAGAUUUGAAGAGCCGCAGGAACGUGAGCUUCUCCGAGGACUCGGACCUGUCCUGCGAUGACGUUCUGGAGAGGUCGUCCCAGAAGUCGAAGGCAGAUCUGCACACGGACAUCUUUGACCUAGUGUCAGGCAUGCAGAAGGAGGCAAUAAAGGAGGAGAGGCUGGAAACGGAGAGAAGGAGGGAGAUAAAGAGAAAAAAGAGGGUCAAAGAGGGGCAGAAAGAGAGGGAGCCUGAAAAGGAGGUUGACCAAGAAAAGGAGAAAGACGAUGAGGAGUCUGUUUAUGUUCCUCACGCGCUGGCGUUCAAGAGAUCGUACGCCACAAAGAAAACCUACACCGAUGAGGAGCUGAAUGCCAAGCUCACACGCAGAGUCCAGAAAGCCGCCCGGCGACAAGCCAAGCAGGAGGAACUCAAAAGGCUGCAUCGAGCUCAGAUCAUCCAGAGGCAGCUGGAGCAGGUGGAGGAGAAGCAGAGGCAGCUGGAGGAGAGAGGCGUAGCUGUGGAGAAAGCCCUGCGGGGAGAAGCAGUUGAGCCCUUUGUGGGGAUGCCUCGCCGAAGACCACUCUCCCUCUGCCCUUGCUGUUCCUCUGAAGCAAAGCUCUCUCCUGGAGACCCCAGCCAUGCACUGUUUUUGUGUAUGGGCAAGAAGGACGAUCCCAAGCUAAUGCAGGAGUGGUUCAAGCUGGUGCAGGAGAAGAACGCCCUGGUCCGCUACGAGUCCGAACUCAUGAUCUUUGCCAGAGAACUGGAGCUGGAGGACCGCCAGAGCCGGCUGCAGCAGGAGCUCAGGGAGAGGAUGGCUGUGGAAGACCACCUGAAAACCGAGAAGGAGCUGGCUCAGGAAAAGCAGAUCCUGAAUGAAAUGCUGGAGGUGGUGGAGCAGCGGGACGCCCUGGUGGCCCUCCUGGAGGAACAGAGACUUCGGGAAAAGGAGGAGGACAAGGACCUGGAAUCCGUCAUGCUCUCCAAAGGAUUCAACCUCAACUGGGCCUGAAAACCCACGUAAUUGCUCCCAAAGUGGUGAAAAACGUGGUUUUGGCUUUUUAUCGGCGGCGGAAGUCGUCUGAAGACUGAAGGGACGGUCCAGAACUGUCACACCUACAGCACUGAAUGUGUAAAUAUGUUCCCAACACACCGUGGCUGCCUCUGACACUGAAGCAGUCUGCAGCGUUUACAGCUCCUCCGCCUGACGCCGCUGCGCGUUAAUCACCUCGCAGCGUAGUCGCUCUCCGUCUGCGUGGGAGGAGAGCCCAGCGCAUAUUCCCAGUUUUAUCAUCCCGGCCUUGAAGUGGAUCCUUUUCAAGCCGGGGCCCGCAGGGAGAAUGUGUAAAAGACUUCUCUUUUUGACUUCAUAAAGGGAAGAGUGCAGUUCAGUCCUGCUGAUGUAAAGAAAUUGUAAAGAAGAGAAUCCAGUCUUUGUGUAUAGAUGUGUUGAACAAGUCACGUUUAACUGAAAGCGAGGGUCCCGUUGAAACGCCGGGCGACACAUUAGUCUGACUUCCUCUGCUCUCGCUGCCUUGCUCUCCGGUGACAAGCGGUUUAAGAAACACCGCUUUUCCCUCGGUGUGUUCAGAGAGUCAACGCUCAGACUCCGUCGCCUCGGCCACUUUGUUUGUGUAUUUUUCUUUGUUUUUACCAGAUGAACGCUUUGUUUUCCCCUCUGCAUUCACAGGAGAGUGCCCACCGUCUCAUUAUCUUGCACUUGUGCGUGACCCUCAUGCACUCCUCCGCCGCUGCGUGGCCGUGAUUCGGCUGCAGGCGCAUACGGCGGACCGACUCGCCGUCUUUAAUCACGGGGCAGACUCCGUAGAUCAGGGCCGUUUUAUGGUAAAUCACGCCGACGGUUGACGUUUACAGACUGCGGCUGUUGAUCCGGCGUUAUUUAUCAGUGUGAUCUCAUUAAAACGGCACAGGUCUGCCAACUUCCCGUCACUCACUUUGUGCCACAGGACGUUCUGCGUCAGUGGGAUCGCUGUCAUAUAGACACUACAGCAGAGUUGCGCAACACUAUAAUGUGGGUGAUACUGAAUAUUUGAACAAGAUGCAAUUUUAAGUUUAGUUUUUUUCCACAUUUAAGUCUUUUUUAAGUCCAGUUCUCCAUUUUCACGUUGGAACUACAUUUUUAAGUCCAUUUUAGCCCUAAUAGCGCCGAUCUGCUACAUGCUAUUUUUUUUUUUUUUUUUUUUUUUUAAAAAGGGGUGCUAGAAGAAUGCAAAAUGUUAAAUGUGCAACUUGCUCCAAACAUUGUAUUUUGUCGUUUUCUUUGGCAACAUUAUACAUCCAGGGAGCCUCUGCGUUACAGAAGACGUUUAAAAACCCGGCGAGAGCUGUAGAUAAAGUUACAGAACUUUAAAGACUGUUUUAAAUGGCGUGUGAAACGUUUGACUUGAUUGUACUGAUAUUUAUUAACAUGUGUGAAAACUGUAUUAUAUGUAAAGAAAAAUGAAUCCUAAUUUGUAAAACUGUCCUGUUGACACACGAAUUGCAAAUGUAAAUGCUUCAUGUAGCUGAAAACGCAUAGAGGGUGUUGGAUGUAUGCUGAAACGGCAAUAAAACGACGCAGUUGUUCUUUUA